AGUUGCUGCCGAACCUGCAGAGUUUCUUCAGCACUUUCUGUUUAUAUUUCAGGUUUUCCAGCCUCCAUAGUGUUUUGUUUGUUUCAGACACGGGGAGCCGCUGAGCCUCUCGGUGCCCGUGAGGCCUGUACCAACCGCCGGAAGAUUUCAACGGAUCGUUCCUCACGCGACUGUCGGCCGGUUGGCGGGGGAACUCAAGUGCGAAGCUCGGGGAGCAGCCGGCGCUCGGCCUGGCGGGACCGGAAGCGGGUCGGGGCGGCCGCUUUGAGCGGGAAAUUUAAGGGAAGAAGGGUGGUAGCAGAGAGUGGGUCGGAUUUUGUGUUGUCGCUGUCGCUCUGGAGACGGGACCGGAAGUGGCUCGACUUUUUUUGCAGCCGUCAGAAUGCUCCGGACUGCUUUCCAAUAGCUGACGGUUGUACUAUAUAAUGAAGUGGAAUGGCAUAUGAUGAUCAAUCAUCACACGAGCUGUGUUUGAUAGAUAAGACUAUCGCCAGCUUGCUAGAGGUACCUUUAAGCCCACAGAUUCGCACACUCAAUCUUCACUGUAAUCAAAUCACCAGAAUUGAAGCCCUUGGCCAAUUGCAGCAGUUGCAACACCUUGAUCUCUCCUCCAAUCAGAUUACUCGUAUUGAAGGAUUGGACGCAUUGGUGGCCUUACGCACACUAAAUCUAUCCUGUAAUUUUAUAACCAAAGUAGAAGGACUUAAUGGACUUAUCAAUUUAACAAGAUUGAAUUUAUCAUACAAUCAUAUUACUGACUUAAGUGGCUUCUUGCAUCUUCAUGGUGUUGGUCACAAGUUAAGUCUUGUAGAUCUGCACAGUAAUAGUAUAAGUAACUUGAAUCAUCUGCUGCAGUGCAUGGUGGGACUGAGCCUCUUAACAGAUCUUACUCUGAUGAAAGAUGGAAGAGGUAACCCAGUGUGUCAAACUCCAGAUUACAGAGAAGUAAUGCUUCGAUCUCUAACUCAGUUGGUUGUACUAGACGGACUAAAGCGGUCUGGUGAAUCUACCCAUUCAAAUCAAGGAGUUCCCUUAGAUCUGCCUGCUUUAGAAGACUACUUGGAGUAUUUAGUAUCGUCAGAAUCUAGCUUAAAUAUGGAAAAGGUUUCAGGGGUACCACCCGUGAUCACUCCGAGGAUUGAUCAGGUACUUGCUCAAUAUCGUCUGCGUUCUGUGGGAACUGAUCCUGUAGCAGCAAUGUCUGCCACAGACUCUAGUUCAUCUCUGGAAGUGGAGAAAUACAGGAGUCACAACACUGUCAACGUAUUCAAUGAAAUAAGAAUAAAGAAACUGGAAAAACAGAUUUCCCAGUUGUUGCAACAGGUUCCAACUUCUUCCAAUGCAGUAAAAGCAAAGCGAGACAUUGAUUAUACCUCUGAGAGUGAAACUGAGAGCUGUAAAGAAAAUUGCAAAAAAGAAACCAGACGAACAAAGACUGAAACCUCCAAACAACGAAGUGCCAGACAGAUGAAAAUCAAAAAAUCUGACAGAAGCAAGCAACCUUGCCUACGAAAAUUGAAAUUGUCUAACAACCAACCCAGAGGUGAAGACUUCUCCAGCAGUUCACCUGUGGAAUCUGCUGAGCUCCACAUAGUAGGAUGCGCACCCAGAAAUAUGUCAGCCAUGCAAAAACCUCAACACAAAUCACAAGACAGCAAAAAAACGAGUACAACUGAGGAGUCCACAUAUAGGAUCCUUAUUCAAGAGUUGGACCAAGAAAGAGAGAUGAGAUGGAAAGCAGAGCAAACUGUGAAACAGUUGAUAGACCACACAAAAGAACUACAAAAUCAGGCAAAUGAGAAAAGGGAUUUUCAUAACAUGGCUGUACAUACCACAGACAGGUUAAAAGAGCUGCUAAUGAAUGAGAAAGAAGCCAGAAACCAAUCACAAGCUUAUAUUGCAGAGUUAAAGAAGAAAAUAGGGAUGCUUACAGAAGAAUUAAGAAAGUCAAAGGCUAUAGAAGAUGAUCAACGCAAGCUCCUAAAAUCACAUGAAGAAACAAUUCUGAAGUCAGACUCACAAAGGCUGCAGCAACAAGCUAUAGAGAUGAAACGAAUUCAAGAAGCAGAGCUAAAAGCCUCUGCUGCUCAAAGAGAAGGAGAGUUACUGCAGAUUUCCCUCAAACAGCAGAAAGGAAAGGUUCAAGAGCUCCAGGAGCUUCUUGCUUCCAGAGAGCAAGUGCACAGGAAAGAAGUGGAAUCUAGAGUUACUUUGACUGGACCAGAAUUUCAAGCUGCUUUGUCCAGAGAGGUGGCAAAAGAAGAGGAGAAAUAUGCUCAGCGAUUGAAAAGGUAUCAAGAAAAAAUUGACCUAUUAAAUCAGCAGUAUGUGUCUUUGGAGGAUGAAUUUCGCAUGGCUCUGACAAUUGAAGCAAACCGAUUUAAAGAGGUAAAAAGUGGGUUUGAUCAUGUGACAUCAGAUCUAGCAAGCACCAAGCAGGUUCUUGCUCAGACACAGCAGAAGGAAAAACAGUCAGGAACUUUGGUUCAGGAAUUAACCACCAUGGUGAAAGAGCAGAAAGCUAAGAUAGCAGAACUGGCAAAAUCCAAGCGGGAAACUAUUUCAGAGCUGAAGAGCCGGUUGAGGGCACUGGAACACAUAGCUGAGGAAGAGAAGAAGAAAACAGUUCAGAUUGAACUACUUAAGCAGGAGAAGUCUAGACUGAUUUCACAGCUAACUGCUCAGGAGUCUGUGAUUGAUGGCAUGCGGGCUGAGAAAAGAAUAUGGGGACAGGAGUUAGCGCACCAAGGCAGUUCUUUGGCUCAAGACAGAGGAAGGCUCCAAGCAAGGAUUGAAAUGUUAACGUCAGAGAUGGAGUUUCUGAAAAAACAAAAUGAACAGGAUAUGAAUACUUUGAAAAUAAAAACAAAGGUCAUAGAUGAUCAAACAGAAACUAUUAGAAAACUUAAAGAAGGUUUGCAAGAGAGAGAUGAACAGACAAGGAAAAUACGUGAGGAAAAUCUGCAGGAUAAAAGAGCCUUCCACGAGCAAUUACGGGAUGAAACUGCAGUAUCUCAAGAUCUCAAAGAAAAAGUGGAGAGCCUUACAGACCGCAAAAGAGAACUAAAGCUGCAACUUGAAGAAAAAGAAGCUGAGUUGGAGAAGACAAAAAUGGCUUUUAGUGUUGCUAAUAAGAAAUGGCAGGACAAAGCUGAAAUACUGACAAAGCUGGAAACACAGGUCAAACAGAUGAAAGAAACCUUUGAUGCCAAGGAAAAAAAACUUGUUGAAGAGAGAGACAAAGCCUUGCAAGCUAAGAAGGCUGCAGCAGAAAAAAUUCAUUCCAUGGAUGAUGCAUUCAGGCACCAGCUUGAGACCAUAAGGGUAGCUCAACAGGCUGAACUGGCACAAUUGACCAAUGAAAAGCAAAAGGAAAUUGAAGCAGCAAAAGAAAAGGUCUAUGAAGUGGAGGAAGAAAUGCGGCAGCUUCUCCAAGAAACAGCAAAUGCCAAAAAAUCCAUGGAGGAAAAGAUUCGGAAGCUGACCAGUGCCCUCAAUGAUAUUAAAGAGGGAUUAUGAGGCUACAACAGACAAGAAUCCAAUAAUAAAACCCAAGUUACUAAAUUGCUAUUGUUUCAAAAAUUACCGUCAUCUCCAUUUGAAUGCUUGGAUAGUGAUUCUUCUUUGGCUUAUUACCCAGCUUGAUGUAAUGUGGAAUACAGACUAAUAUGAUCUAAAUUCCGUUCCUGAUCUGUGCUGUCUCUUGUCAGCCAAAUAGAACAUAGAACAUUACAGCACAGUACAGGCCCUUCGGCCCUCGAUGUUGUGCCGACCUGUCAUACCGAUCUCAAGCCCAUCUAACCUACACAAUUCCAUGUACAUCCAUAUGCUUACCCAAUAACAAUUUAAAUGUACCUAAAGUUGGCGAAUCUACUACCGUUGCAGGCAAAGCGUUCCAUUCCCUUACUACUCUCUGAGUAAAGAAACUACCUCUGACAUCUGUCCUAUAUCUUUCACCCCUCAAUUUAAAGCUAUGCCCCCUCGUGCUCGCCGUCACCAUCCUAGGAAAAAGUCUCUCCCUAUCUAACCGUCUGAUUAUUUUAUAUGUUUCAAUUAAGUCACCUCUCAACCUUCUUCUCUCUAAUGAAAACAGCCUCAAGUCCAUCAGCCUUUCCUCGUAAGACCUCCCCUCCAUACCAGGCAACAUCCUAGUAAAUCUCCUCUGCACCCUUUCCAAAGCUUCCACAUUCUUCUUAUAACGCGGUGACCAGAACUGUACACAAUACUCCAAGUGUAGCCGCACCAGAGUUUUGUACAGCUUCACCAUAACCUCUUGGUUGCGGAACUCGAUCCCUCUAUUGUUAAAAGCUAAAACACUGUAUGCCUUCUUAACAGCCCUGUCAACCUGGGUGGCAACUUUCAAGGAUCUGUGUACAUGGACACCGAGAUCUCUCUGCUCAUCUACACUACUAAGAAUCUUACCAUUAGCCCAGUACUUUGCCUUCUGGUUACUCCUACCAAAGUGCAUUACCUCACACUUGUCCGCAUUAAACUCCAUUUGCCACCUCUCAGCCCAGCUCUGCAGCUUAUCUAUGUCUCUCUGCAACCUACAGCAUCCUUCGUCACUAUCCACAACUCCACCGACCUUAGUGUCGUCUGCAAAUUUAUGAACCCAUCCUUCUACGCCCUCAUCCAGGUCAUUUAUAAAAAUGACAAACAGCAGUGGACCCAACACUGACCCUUGCGGUACACCACUGGUAACUGGUCUCCAGGAUGAACAUUUCCCAUCAACUACCACCCUCUGUCUUCUUUCAACAAGCCAGAUGUCACAAUUAAUUUUACUGAAUAUAGGCAGGAGGGUAAACAUUUAGCCCAAUACUCUUGGAGUAUUAGAAGACUUCUCUGCAUGAACAAUAUAACAUAGGAAAGGAAUAAAAUUGACAGAAAUCAAUAGAAAAGUUUAAUGGUUUCAUUAAUUUUUACUAUAUCAUGAUUCCAAGAUUUUGUUUUGUGUAAUGGAUAUACUUUAAUAAGACUUUAUGCUGGUAGACCUUCUUGCUAUCUUCAUUAAGCAUCAACUUGAUUGGACAUCAAAGAAUUCCUCCAUAUUAAUUUUUUCUUCAUGCAAUUAGUUUCUUAUUUUUGUGUAAAAGAAAAGUUCAUUCAUGCUUAAUGAGCUGAAAGACUUUUUUGACUAUCACUGCAGGAAAACACUGAUUUGAAUUUAUAUCUACAUAAGUGUUCAUACCUUCUCUUGUGAGGUAUGAAAGAGGAGAGAAGGGAGAGUAAAACAAAUUAAAUAGAAUGUUGGUUGCCUGGCUAUGCUGUUGGUACAUAAUAUAAAUCUGACAUUUUUAUAGGUUACUUUUAUUGGUUACUUUCACCUUAUAAAUACAUUUGUAAAGAUGGUUAUAAAUGUGUUAAGUU